CAAACCCUGGGCUGCUCCAGUGACAGACUGGGAUCUGCUGGCUACUGGCUAAAACAACAGAAAGUAAUCGCCCUUCACUAUGUAUCACCUGAAGGUGCCUGUGCUCCUCCUCAUGCUGCUUGUGUUGCUGCGCUGUGUCACCACUGCCCCAAGCCGCAGGUACUUCAAUCCCAGCUCAUCCAGCGAGCAGGAAAGUGCCCUCCCAGACAGUGAAGGCUGGUUAGCUCCCGGGCUCAUCUCCAACCCAUUCCUCGGCCUCAUGGGUACACGGCCGCAGAGGGGGCUCACAGCUAUGGACAGCCACCACAUAGAGAAGAGGAAGUGCAACACAGCCACCUGUGUCACCCAGAGGCUAGCAGACUUUCUGGUCCGCUCCAGUAACACAAUCGGUACUGUCUAUGCUCCAACCAAUGUGGGAUCUGCCACUUACGGCAAGAGGGACCUGCUGCUGCCUCCCAGCUACCAGCCUCUCUAGUAGAGACUGAGGAAACUCCACCAGCACUCCCAGUGCUCUGAUGAUAUAACCAGACAUCUUAUGUAACAAUGAUUAUGAGAAUGACAUUAAUAACGAUGACACCGCUGGAGUCAUUGACGAUGGUUAUGAACAGAGUGUUCUUGUUUAUUUUAUAAACUUUAAGAAACAGUGCCUUUUGUUUAAACCAUCAAAGUCAAUCUGCUUGUUCUCUUCUGGCUUUGUGUGUGUUGUUGCUCUGUUAAUGCUG